AUGAGUUCUAACAAUUUCUCAGGUAAUUAUUUGGUGUUGCGACCAGAAGAAGUGAGUUAUCUGAAUGUCUUUCGCAUCUUAUGGAACGACGACAUAGAGAAAAAAGCAUUUGUGGACUUCCCAGAUGGGAAGAAGGAGAAUCUUCAUCGUAGGGUGGUAAGGCCAAUUAAAGAAUCAGAAACUUUCUUGUCAAUUAUUGGACAUAUGGACAAGCGUGUGGAUUUAGACAAGAAUAUCAAGCUUGAUGAUAGCAGAUACUACAGUGCACUCUCUGUAAUGGCCGCUAAGAUAGCUUAUGAGAACAAAGCCUUUGUUGAAAACGCAGUCAUAAAUCACUGGAAGGUAAAUGGUACUAAAAUUUUGAGAUUUUAUGUUGCACCUUCAUAUGCGUAA